CGGAGGCUCGGCCGGAGCGUGGAGCCCAGGAGCCGCGCCCCGCGCCCCGCGCCUUUGUCCGCCCGCCGCCCGCCGCCCGCCGGCCCCAUGGAGCGCGCCGCGCCGAGGAGGGUCCCGCUGCCGCUGCUGCUGCUCGGCGGCCUCUCGCUGCUGGCCGCCCGAGUGGCCGCAGACACCCUCAUGGAGGCUUGCUGUGCAGACGGACAUCAAAUGGCCACACAGCACAGGGACUGCUCACUGCCUUAUGCCUCGGAAUCCAAGGAAUGCAGGAUGGUCCGGGAACAGUGCUGUCACAGCCAGCUGGAGGAGCUCCACUGUGCCACAGGCAUCAACCUGGCCAACGAGCAGGACAGCUGCGCCAUGCAGCACAGCGACAACGCCAGCCUCGAGGCUACGUUCGUGAAGAGGUGCUGCCAUUGCUGCCUGCUGGGGAGGGCGGCCCAGGCCCAGGGCCAGAGCUGCGAGUACACCCUCAUGGUCGGCUACCAGUGUGGGCUGGUCUUCCGGGCAUGCUGUGUCAAGGGCCAGGAGACCGCAGACUUUGCCCCCGGGGACCUUGGGGACCUCCAAGAAGCAGCCAAGAUUUCGGAGAUUGAGGAGGAGCAGGAGGACCCAUACCUGAACGACCGCUGCAGAGGUGGCGGCCCCUGCAAACAGCAGUGCCGAGACACGGGGGAGGGGGUCGUCUGCUCCUGCUUCGUGGGCUACCAGCUGCUGCCCGACAGCGUCUCCUGUGAAGAUAUCAACGAAUGCAUCACGGGCAGCCACAAUUGCCGGCUUGGGGAGUCCUGUGUCAAUACAGUGGGCUCUUUCCGCUGUCAGAGAGACAGCAGCUGUGGGACUGGCUAUGAGCUCACAGAGGACAAUGAUUGCAAAGAUAUUGACGAGUGUGAGAGUGGUAUUCAUAACUGCCUCCCCGAUUUUAUCUGUCAGAAUACUCUGGGAUCCUUCCGCUGCAGACCCAAGCUACAAUGCAAGAGUGGCUUUAUACAAGAUGCUCUAGGCAACUGUAUUGAUAUCAAUGAAUGUUUAAGUAUCAGUGCCCCAUGCCCUGUUGGGCAGACAUGCAUCAACACGGAGGGCUCCUACACAUGUCAGAAGAACGUGCCCAAUUGUGGCCGUGGCUACCAUCUCAACGAGGAGGGAACCCGCUGUAUUGAUGUGGAUGAGUGCGCGGCGCCCUCUGAGCCCUGUGGGCCGGGGCACCUGUGUGUCAACUCGCCUGGAAGUUUCCGCUGUGAGUGCAAAGCCGGAUACUAUUUCGACGGCAUCAGCAGGACGUGCGUGGACAUCAACGAGUGUCGGCGCUAUCCCGGGCGCCUGUGCGGCCACAAGUGUGAGAACACGCCGGGCUCCUACUACUGCAGCUGCUCCGUGGGCUUCCGGCUCUCUGCCGACGGCCGCUCGUGUGAAGACGUGAACGAGUGUAACAGCAGUCCCUGCAGCCAGGAAUGCGCCAACGUGUACGGCUCCUACCAGUGUUACUGUCGGCGAGGCCACCAGCUCAGCGACGUGGACGGCGUCACCUGCGAAGACAUUGACGAGUGCGCCCUGCCCACCGGGGGCCACAUCUGCUCCUAUCGCUGCAUCAACAUCCCUGGAAGCUUCCAGUGCACCUGCCCUCCGUCCGGAUACAGGCUGGCCCCCAACGGCCGCAACUGCCAAGACAUCGAUGAGUGUGUGACCGGCAUCCACAACUGCUCCGUCAACGAGACCUGCUUCAACAUCCAGGGUGGCUUCCGCUGCCUGGCCUUCGAGUGCCCCAAGAACUACCGCCGCUCCGCAGACACGCUCCGCCAAGAGAAGACAGACACCGUCCGCUGCAUCAAGUCCUGCCGUCCCAACGACGUCACCUGCGUGUUGGAUCCUGUGCACACCAUCUCCCAUACUGUUGUCUCGCUGCCCACCUUCCGAGAGUUCACCCGCCCUGAAGAGAUCAUCUUUCUCCGGGCCAUCAUGCCCAUGUAUCCCGCCAACCACGCCGACAUCAUCUUCGACAUCACGGAAGGGAACCUGCGAGACUCCUUCGAUAUCAUCAAGCGCUACAUGGACGGCAUGACUGUGGGUGUCGUGCGCCAAGUACGGCCCAUCGUGGGCCCGUUUCACGCCGUCCUGAAGCUGGAGAUGAACUACGUGGUCGGGGGGGUGGUGUCCCACCGAAACGUCGUCAACGUGCACAUCUUCGUCUCCGAGUACUGGUUCUGAGGGCCCGUCCUGGCGCCGCCACGCCUCCGGGCCAAGUCCUUGCUCCGGCCACCGUGCCCGCCCUGCCGAGCUCUCUUAAGUUUGUGUUUGUAAUGUCAGGCCCGCACGUAUUAAGCUGCGGCCAGAUGAACAAGUUCAUCUCCUGUGUUUCGGUAUUUAAAUAGCGAGCCCAAUUACUCAACUGUUUGUUGAAAACCUUGCUUGUUAGUAUUAUUUUCUUCAUGCAGAGGUCAACGUUUGCUCCUUUCUCUGCCUGCGGGCUGGGCCUCGCGAAGGACCCAGGAAGGAAGGGCGUUUUUUCGGGGGGCAGCCAGUCCAGAUGCCGAGAGAAAACUCGUUCUUGCACUGACUGUACGAAAUUUGACGUUUGAUACUUUUUUUUUUUUUUUUUGGCCAAUCGGGUGUUUUACGCCCAACGAUGGGGCUGCGGUAGAGUAGCAGAUAUGACCAGUUCUGCCCAGAAGCUGCAUCACACGAUGCCCCGGGGAGCACUCAGAAGGUGCCCCACAGUUCUGUUGAAACAGAAAAGGGAAAGGCACAGCCUGUUAGGUUUGUGUGCGAGCCGUGCGUGUUCACCAGGGGAAUGGCUGGACUUUCUCGGCACCUGCAUCCGUCCUUUCUUAUCAUAGGGGGGGAAAAUAAACAGUUUUGCGAGCCUC